UUUUAUUUAAGAAUGAGCUGGGGAGCCAAAGCUAGGGCCAUGAACCUAGACCCAUACAAGUUCCAGAAUACAAACCUGGAAGGCGAGCGUGGGAGAUACACACAUACAGCAUUUGAUCAAGAUGACUCUUUGGAUAUCAGACGUCAAGGCACUAAAGGCCAGAAGAGAAGUAUUAAAGACAUAUUUGAGGAUCCUGAUAAUACAAAGGAUAAGUCAAGACCAUCCAGAUAUGACCCAGAUUCCUCCUUUGGAAGUCCUGGCAGACACACUGGGUCUCUGUUAGAUCAGAGACAUACGUUAGGAACCGGAAAGUACUCCUCAUCUCUGGAAGGAAGCCCUUCUGAUUUUGAGAGGAAAAAUGGCCUCUCAAAAGUAAGCAAUGACAGAAAAACAGUAAAUAUUAACGAAAAUUUCAAUGAAAUCCAGCCGUAUGAUCCUGAUGAUUGCACAGGAGCUGCUGGGGACGAGAAGAAUCCCUUAUUAAGAAAAUUCUUGCUCAAAGAAUUGGACAAAAUUAGAGGAGAUACGAGGAAAAACAACACCAAUUUGAGUAAGAAUAUUUCAGAUAAUGAGGAGUUCUACUCAAAGCAGAUCAGUGAUCUUCGCAAGAAGAUCAAGCAGGACUUUGUCCCUGCUUCUGAAGUUCAGAAGUUGGUAGAUCAUGCUGUUGAGAAGAAGAUCAUGAUGAUGCAUCUCAAAGAUGAUACUGAUAAGACCAAGAAGGGAAUGACAAAGGCGCAGACUCAGGUUCAAACUUUAAUGAAUAACUACAAGCAAUGCCAGAAGCAAAUCAAGGAGCUCCAGAGCGACAUUGAUGACCUCCACAAAAGAAUUGAUGAGACAGAGAGAAAGCACGGCAUUCAACAAAUGGAUAUUGAAAAGAACUUUAGAAAUGCAGACAAGGAGAUCAGCGAUGCGAGAGAAGACGCUAUUAGUUACACUGACUCUGUAAUCGUCCAAGUUGAAACCCGCAUGGACACUAUUGAGAACAAGCUAAAACGUGACAGGCCUAAGCCUGAAAUAGUUAAAGGGUCUAAUUCUGAUAAAGUAAGGGCUGUAGAACCCUUCCUUGCUGAUAUUAGAAAAGAACUCCAAUCUGAGGUUAAGAAGGUCAACACCAAGAUCAAUAAAAUGGAAAAUGAUCACAAUAGAAGAAUAAAAGAUAUCAACAGUAUCUCUGAUAAAGCUGAUACUAUCAAGAAGACCAAUAUCAAGGAUCUCAAGGAUUUAUACCAGAGAUUGAGUGAAGUUGAGGACAAAAUUGAAUCUACUGACAUGAAUGUCAGUAAGAAGGUCAACCUUCUCAGUGCCAAUAAUGCUGCAAAGCCAGUCCAAGCUACACCCAAGAUCGAUACAAAGUCUAUUGAAACAAGGAUCGAAAGACUUGAAACUAUUUCUGUUCGCCAUGGGAAAUUAUUUGAUGAGUUAACCCCAAACGUUAAUCUACUUGUCAACCAAACGAAAGAGCUGAAGUCUAAAGCUAAUAUUGAGCCCAAGGCCAUUGAGGAAUACACAGAGGCGAUAGCAGGGGAUCUCAGAAAAGAAUUCGAAGAGAGACUCUCCUCAGCUGGAAAUAACCCACAGAAUCUUGCGCCUAAAGCUAUUGAAGAAUACACAGAAGGUAUCGUAGCUGAUCUGAGGAAGGAAUUUGACGAUAAGAUCAUUGCCCUGGAGAAAUCCGUGCCCACAGGUAGUGAUGCUGAAUUUAGAAAGGAAGUUUUCAAAGAAAUUGAUGGCAUAAAGAAGGCAGCUAUCGAGGAUAUUAGACAACUUGAUGAGAACCUCAAAACUUUAGCAACUGAUUUCAGUAUUUACAGAGAAAGAAACUCACCAUGUAGACAUCAUGACAAAAUUACAGUCAUAGAAGAGGUACCAAUAAGAAGACCUGGAUCUAUGAGCAAAGUGAUCGUUGAAAGUUCUGCAGACACUCCCAUAAAAAGCGAUUUUUCAGCAAGAUAUGAUGGAGAUCGAAGACCAAUUCACAGACAAUACUCUCCAGUUCAUUCUAACGGAGUUGUCUACAUGAGUUCAAAGAAGUCUCUUGAUGCGAUGGAAAGAGAACCUAUUGGAGGUGAUGGAAGAAGGCAUAUUUCUGGCUCUCCAAAGAGACACAUAGAAGAUUCAAUGUACUCAACUCCAAGUCUUGGAAACAAAAAUAGGCAAAUUAUUUAUAACUCAACUGGAAAAGAAGGAUUAGAUUAUAGAGAUUCAAGAUCUCAUGCUUAUGGAAAUUAUGAAGAAACCAAUCACAAAAGAUACCAAGACGAUCCUAAUUACUCUUACCCCAAAUACCAAUCAAACACUAAAAAUGUCUACCUAAAAGAUGAAGAAGAUUUCAGCAGAGACCUCGACUACGACCCUCCAAAUCUCUCUCCUGAUUACAAACCUGGAACUACAUCUACAAAUGGGGCAAAGAGGAAGAAGGCUUACAGCUCAAAUCCCUCAUCCAAUGCCAAAAAUUAACCUGAUCAUGCCAACUGCGCCUUCC